AAGGGCUCAGUCUGGAGGAGUCGCUGCACUGGCGGGGACAGGGAGAGCAGGGCUACUCCCUGGGGUGAGGGGCACCCAACUGGUACUGAAGCUGGGUGGGCGUCGCUGGUAGGCAGACCCCUGGGCGGGGCCUGGGCUGGAUUACUGCGGGCGGGGCGUUAGGCCCGCCCCGAGGAGGCGGGAGAGAAGCCAGAAUCUGGCCUCGGGCUGGGCGGUACUGCAGCUCCCGCCGGCCGGCUUGGUCCAGCUUUGUCCUGCGGCCCCUUUUCCAGGCGGUCCUGGCCGCGCCCAGCCCCCUCCUGCCAUGCCGCCCGCGGAGCCCCGCGGGGCCGCGUCGCGCUAGCGAAUGAAGACUGCUUGUGGUAUCUGGACCGGAAUGGCUCCUGGCAUCCAGGAUUUGACUGCGAGUUCUUCACCUUCUGCUGCGGGACCUGCUACCAGCGGUACUGCUGCAGGGACCUGACCUUACUCAUCACCGAGAGACAGCAGAAACACUGCCUGGCCUUCAGUCCCAAGACCAUAGCAGGCAUCGCCUCUGCUGUAAUCCUCUUUGUUGCUGUGGUUGCCACCACCAUCUGCUGCUUCCUCUGUUCCUGUUGCUACCUAUACCGAAGGCGCCAGCAGCUCCAGAGCCCAUUUGAAGGCCAGGAGAUUCCAAUGACAGGCAUCCCAAUGCAGCCAGUAUACCAAUACGCCCCAGACCCCAAAGCUGGUCCAGCACCUCCACAGCCUGGUUUCAUGUACCCACCUAGUGGUCCUGCUCCUCAGUAUCCUCUCUACCCGGCUGGGCCCCCAAUCUACAACCCUGCAGCUCCUCCCCCUUAUAUGCCACCACAGCCCUCUUACCCAGGGGCCUGAAGAAACAGCUGUGGCUCUGCUAUCCCCUCCACGAUGCCGUUUUUUUGUGGGAGAUUCCCCAUUCUGUACCUGCAUCCAGCCCUGGGGGUGGGCAUGUGUCUUCUAGUCACCAGGCCCCAGAUCAAGCCAAGCCUUGGGCCCUCCUGGGGACAGAGCCCCAGAGAAGUGGAAUGUGAGC